AUGUUUUCGAGGGCAAUUUUUCGUUUUGUAAAGGCCGUACGCCAUGUACGGUUCAACUCCACCGCGAGGAACCAAGGACGUCCUUCAGGGUUUACGGACACAUUACUUGGUAAAACCGCAAUUUUCACUAGUGGUUCGAUAUUGGGAGCAUAUUUGUAUGAACAAGAUUUGAAUCGUAAAAACAAAACUACCGACUCAAUUGCACCUUCAACUCUUCCAUUGAAUAUGUUGGACCCUCCCAAGUAUGCAUCUGACCCUGAAUUGGAAGAAGCCGUGGAAAAAAUUCGCAAAGUGGUGAAAGCUUCAGACAGUGUUCAGCCGGUUGUUGACAAUCUGAGUGAGCAAAGAGAGUCUCAUUCCGAUACAUACUACAAUACUGUUCAUCCCUCGAAUAAAGAUCAAUCACCAAAGUACGUUGUAUUCCCCGGACUGACGGAGGAAGUGUCAGAAGUUCUCAAAAUUUGCAACGAGUCUCGAGUUCCUGUUGUAGCUACCAGUGGUAUGUCGUCCUUGGAGGGCCACUUUAUUGCAACCCGAGGCGGGAUCACCAUUGACAUUUCUCGUAUGGGCAAAAUUGUUAAACUCAACAAGGAGGAUUUGGAUAUAACUGUGCAAGCUGGAGUAGGAUGGGAAGAACUUGCAGACUACUUAUCGGAACAUAACCUUUUGUUUUCACUGGACCCGGGUCCCGGUGCCACUAUUUCUGGAAUUUGUGCUACCAAUGCCUCUGGAACAAAUGCUUCUCGGUAUGGUGAGUGCUACAAAAAUGUGCUUUCACUUACGGUAGUAUUGCCAGACGGAACAAUUGUCAAGACAAAACAACGGCCUCGCAAAUCUAGUGCUGGCUACAAUUUGAAUAGUUUAUUCGUUGGAAGUGAAGGAACCCUUGGAGUGAUUACGGAGGCUACACUUCGUCUCCAUGUCAAGCCGGCAGUGGAAUCAGUUGCAGUUGUACCUUUCAAAACUAUUAAAGACGCUGCUACCGCCGUGGGAGAGAUCGUGAGAGCUGGAGUUGACUUGAAUGCUAUCGAGUUGCUUGACACAAACAUGAUGAAGUGCAUUAAUAAAUCUGGUGAAACGUCUCGUCAAUGGAGUGAGAAUCCUACUCUAUUUUUGAAGAUGGGUGCUGCGAACAAAGAUUCAAUGAAAUCACUCGUUGACCAUGUUUCUCAAAUCACAAAGUCCAACGGAUCGCAAGAAUUUCAAUUUGCAACUGAUGACGACGAAAAAACGGAACUCUGGUCUGCUCGUAAGGUCGCUCUUUGGUCCACCAUUAACCAAGGCAAGGAAGAAAAUAAAGAUGCUCAAUUAUGGACUACAGAUGCAGCUGUUCCUAUCUCUCACCUUCCUCAAUUUCUUGAAGAGACGGUUGCAGAAUUGAACCAAAGUGGCUUGGAGAACACUUUGGUAGCCCAUAUUGGAGAUGGUAACGCUCACAGUUUCAUCGUCUAUUCACAUGAACAGCACCAGCUAGUUGAAGACUUGGUCCACAAUAUGAUUCGCCGUGCUCUUCGCUACGAAGGUACGUGCACUGGAGAACAUGGUGUGGGGUUAGGCAAGAGAGACUUUCUUCUUGAAGAAAUUGGCGAUUCACCAGUUGACUUGAUGCGUCGUAUAAAGUUACUGAUUGAUCCUAACAGGAUCAUGAACCCCGAUAAAAUCUUUAGGAUUGAUCCGAAUGAUGUAGCUGCUGAGGUACAUUCAAAAUAG